AUGAUCCCACCUGGGAAAGCACUUUGUACUGCUGGGAUUAUAGUUGGGCUCCUGGCUUUCUUCUGGAGAGACACCUUUAACCCAGACAGCAUCUCUGGUGCCCGAGUUCUCCUGACUGGAGCCAGCGCUGGGAUCGGAGAGCAGAUGGCAUAUCAUUACUCCAGGUUUGGUGCUGAAAUAGUUCUGACUGCCAGGAGGGAAACCCUGCUUCAGAAAGUGACGGAGAAAUGCCUGCAGCUGGGAGCAAAGAAAGUCUUUUACAUCCAGGCCGAUAUGUCUUCCCCUCAAGCCCCAGAAAAGGUGGUGCAGUUUGCUUUGCAAAAACUGGGGGGACUGGAUCACCUGGUGCUGAACCACAUUGGCGGGACCCCUUUCCAGAUGUGGGAUGGAGACGUGGAACACACCCGCUGGCUCAUGCAGGUGAAUUUCCUGAGUUAUGUGGCCUUGGCAUCUGCAGCUCUUCCCAUCUUGGCUGAGAGUAAAGGAUCUCUGAUUGUAGUUUCUUCCGUCUCAGGGAAAAUCUCAACUCCCUUCACAGUCUCUUACUCCGCCACCAAGUUCGCUCUGGACGGAUUCUUUAGCUCCCUGCGCCAUGAGCUCGCCAUGCAGAAGCAAGAUGUGUGCAUCACCCUCUGCAUCUUGGGGCUGAUCGACACCGAAAUGGCUUUGGAGAAGACGAGGGACAAGGUGUACAUGAGCGCCUAUCCCGCUGCUGAAGCCGCGCUGACCAUCAUCAAAGGCGGAGCCACCAGGGCACGGGAGGUGUUCUACCCCUGGUGGCUGGAGCUGCUGUGCCACCUGCGGGAUUGGUUUCCCGACCAGAGGGAUGUCGUUAUACAGAGCUUCUAUAACUACACCAGCGCCUGAGUGAUGCAGAGCUGCCAUUCCCUUCGCCCUGCAAAUACAGGCGCAAGGCCCUCGCCUCCUGCUGAGGUCAAUGUCAGCCAUUGGCUUCAGUGCGAGCAGCAUUUGGAUCUGGAACAAAAAAUGUCAGGAAAUCAUUGGCUAAGGGUCCAGUAGCAACCUUAGCUCUGAUCCCUCCUCUGUCCCCAUCAACCUUAUCUCUCACCCCUCCUCUGUCCCCAUCAACCUUAACUCUGACCCGUCCUCUGUCCCCAUCAACCUUAGCUCUGAUCCCCCCUCCAUCCGUAUCAAUGUCUGACCCUUCCUUCCUCCCCAUCAACCAGUCUCUGACCCUUCUUCCAUCACCAUCGACCUUAGCUCUGAUCCCUCCUCUGUCCCCAUCAACCUUAACUCUGACCCCUCCUCUGUCCCCAUCAACCUUAACUCUGACCCCUCCUCUGUCCAUAUCAAUGUCUGACCCUUCCUUCCUCCCCAUCAACCAGUCUCUAACCCUUCUUCCAUCACCAUCAACCUUAUCUCUGAUCCCUUCUCUGUCCCCAUCAAC